ACGCACCCCAAGUUGGGCAGCUCUCAGUUAUUCAAAAGGCAGACUGAUGAUCCAGCUGCUGAACGCUGACAUGGAGACAACUGCGCCUUUCCGCUGAAACAGGACGCAUUCCAGCGUGGACCGUGGCGCCGUGGGGGGGACACACACGCAGCGGCUGGAAAACUUUCCCUUACUUUCCCUUGCACGGCUGCGCUCAUGCGAACUAGCCAUGUCCAAGAGCCUGAAGCAGAGGAAGAACCACUGGAGCAACAAAGUCCAUGAGAGUAUCCUCUGCAGGAAUGAGGAGGGGGAGCUGGGGCUGGAGCUGAAGGGCGGCGCGGAGCGCGGACAGUUCCCGGUCAUCGGCCAACUUCUGCCGGCCAGAGCCGUGUGCCACAGCGGCAAAGUGCUCCAGGAGGACCUGCUGCUGGAAGUCAACGACACGCCGGUGGCCGGGCUGACCACCAGGGAUGUCCACGCUGUGGUCAAACACAGCAAAGACCCCGUGCGGCUCAAGUGUGUCAAACAAGGGGGCGUGAUCGACAAGGACCUGCGCCGCUACCUCAACCUGCGUUUCCAGAAAGGUUCAGUGGACCACGAGCUGCAGCAGAUCAUCCGGGACAACCUGUACCUCCGCACCGUCCCCUGCACAACCCGGCAGCCCAAGGAGGGAGAGGUCCCCGGCGUGGAUUAUAAUUUUGUGACCGUCGAGCGGUUUAUGGAAUUGGAGAAAAGCGGCGCGCUGCUGGAGAGCGGAACGUAUGAAGAUAACUUUUACGGCACCCCGAAGCCUCCAUCUGAGCCCAGCGCUCUGCUGCUAAAUGUAACAGACCAGCUGCUGCCGGGCGCCAGACCUAGCUCCGAGGGCAAGAGAAAGCGGAACAAGUCGGUCAGCAACAUGGAGAAGGCCAGCAUCGAGCCCCCCGAGGAAGAGGAGGAGGAAAAGCCCAUCGUCAAUGGCAACGGCGUUGCCGUCACCCCAGAGUCGAGCGAGCACGAGGACAAGAGCACGGAUGCUUCAGGGGACGUCGGACCUCAGAGUAACCCACCAGAGGCCCCGGCGGAGGUACCCCAAGAGUACGGCCAGUCCCCGAAGACGGUGGUCCCCAAACCAGAGGAGAAUGACGAGCUAGGACCCCUGCCUGACAACUGGGAGAUGGCUUACACGGAGAAAGGAGAAGUCUACUUCAUAGACCACAACACCAAGACAACGUCGUGGCUGGACCCGAGGCUCGCCAAGAAGGCAAAGCCGCCCGAGGAAUGCAAAGAGGAUGAGCUUCCGUACGGAUGGGAGAAAAUCGAUGACCCCAUUUACGGCAGCUACUAUGUGGAUCAUAUAAAUAGAAGGACCCAGUUUGAGAACCCCGUCCUGGAGGCGAAGAGGAGGCUCCAGCAGCAGCAGCAGAUGCAAAGUCAGGGUCUGUCCUCACUGCCCCUUCCCACCAUCUACAGAGCGGAGGAUGCCAGCCUCAGCGCCACCCUCCCCAGACGCCCUCGUGCACAGGUUGGCCCGGUGCCGGAGCGCUGCCACAGCCUUGGCGACCUCUCCCGCUCCCCCACAACCGGUCGCAGGGCUCCUUCGUACGCCACCUCCUCCUCUGCCGACGUGUCCCCGCUCCGGAGCGUUCUGACUCGGCGGAUAAACACGUGCCCUCAUAGGCAGCGGCAUCCGCAGCCCCUUCACGCCUGCACCGUGCUGCUCGAGCAGCCUGUGUGCAGCCCCUAUUCCCUGUGGCACAUCGUCAAAAAACCCCUGUUCACACGAGACCCGACUCAGCUGAAAGGCAGCUUCCUGUCCACGUCACUCCAAAAGAGCAACAUGGGGUUCGGCUUCACCAUCAUCGGAGGGGAUGAGCCUGAUGAGUUCCUCCAGGUUAAAAGCGUUAUUCCUGAUGGACCAGCCGCAGCUGAUGGAAAGAUGGCUACAGGGGACGUCAUCGUCUACAUCAACGAUGUCUGCGUUCUCGGCACGACCCACGCCGACGUGGUCAAGCUCUUUCAGUCGGUUCCCAUCGGGCAAAGCGUGACGCUCGUGUUGUGCCGCGGCUACCCUUUACCAUACGACCCGGAGGACGCCGCCAACACCAACAACACCACCACCACCAUCAUCUCCCCGCUGGGCAUCAUGGAGCAGCGGCCCAUCAUGGUGAACGGCAGGACGGGCUACGACAACUACCUGGACUACCUGACCCGUACGGCGCGCUACGUCACCGACGCCGGUCACGACCACAACAACUCCCAGCAGCCGCCGCUUCUCGCCGCCCAUCCGGGCGACACCCACCUGGACGGCUCGCUCCAGGCCACCACGGGCGCCACGCCCCCGGACAGCGUGUCCAUGGCGUCGUCGGGCGCCACCCAGGGGGAGCUGCUGUCCGUGACGAUGGUGAAGGGGGCGGACGGCUUCGGCUUCACCAUCGCCGACAGCCUCACGGGCCAGCGCGUCAAGCAGGUCCUGGAGCCUCAGGGCUGCCCGGGUCUGUGCGAGGGCGACCUGAUCCUGGAGAUCAACAAGCAGCCCGUGGCGGGAUUCAACCACACGCAGGUGGUGGAGCUGCUCAAGGAGUGUGCCGUGGGAGCGGAGGCCAGCCUGGUGGUUCAGAGAGGGGGCUCAGGUCACUAUUCACCCUGGAAGACUCCAAAACAGGUACUGGAGCAGUGGGAGUCCCAGCAGGGCCAGAACAGCCCCGCUCAGACCAGCCGCUCAGCUCCCGUUUUCUCCCACAGCGCCCCCUUCCCAACACGCCAUCUUCACAGGGCCUCGGUCCCAGACGCCGAGGCCCUGCCGCUGGCCAAACCAGACCCCUAUGACCUAUUUGAGAAGUCCAUGGCUAUCUAUGAAAGUAGGCAACCUGUGCAGCCGAGGACGGUUUUUCCUGUGGACUCCUCAGGGGCGGAGUACCAGGACAUGGAGGUGCACCUGCGCAGACAGAAGUCGGGGUUUGGCUUUCGGGUGCUGGGCGGGGAUGAGGCCGGGCAGCCUGUGAGUGUGGAGACACGUGAGAAGAUUCUCAUCGGAGCGAUCAUAGAGAAGAGUCCUGCAGAUCUGGACGGCCGCCUGCGGCCGGGCGACGAGCUGCUGUUUGUGGACGGGAUCCCCGUGGUGGGGAAGCCGCACAGAUACGUAAUCGACCUGAUGCACGCAGCGGGGCGCAACGGACAGGUCAACCUGGUCAUCAGGAGGAGGAUGCAGGCCCCAGGUGAGUCGUGUCCAGAGAACAGUCGUAGCCCGGGCUCCGUCUCCACGCAGCACAGCUCGCCCCACAGCGACUACACGUAUGGAAACAGCACCAGCACUAACCAGGCGCCCAACAGCGGCACGGGCAACGCCACCGCCACUUCAGACGGGACGUCCGCCGCCAACGCCAAGCCGAGCGACGUCUCCAUCAGUAGGAAGGAGAGCGAAGGCUUUGGCUUCGUCAUCAUCAGCUCGCUCAACCGGCCGGAAACGGCUGCGACCAACACUGUGCCCCAUAAAAUCGGCCGCAUCAUCGAGGGCAGCCCGGCCGACCGCAGCGGGAAGCUGAAGGUGGGGGACAGGAUCCUGGCGGUCAACGGCCAGUCCAUCGUCAGCAUGCCUCAUGCCGACAUCGUCAAGCUGAUCAAGGACGCGGGCCUGAGUGUCACCCUGACCAUCAUCCCACAGGAAGACCUCAGCAACCCUUCGUCAGCCCCCACCUCAGAGAAGCAGAGCCCCAUGGCUCAACAGCACAGUCCAAAGGCCCAGCCCAACACCGCUGCCUCCCAGUCCAGCCAAGCACCAGCAGAACCAAACCCCUCUGCUGCUCAGCCCAACCCGGCACCACAUCAGAGUCCUGUGACCCAGCUUCCUGUUCCUCCACCUCAGACCUACACCCACGACGGCAGUUACAGAUCUGAGGUGAAGGCCAGACAAGACGUUAAACCAGAUAUCAGACAACCUCCUUUCACGGAUUACCGGCAGCCACCGGUGGAUUACCGGCACCCUCCUGUGGCGGACUACAGGCAGCCCCCCACACUGGACUACAGACACCCGCCGCUGCUCGACUACAGGCCGUUUGCCAUCCCAGACUACAGGAUGCCUCCAGUUCAACUUUCACAGGACUUUGACUACUUCACGGUGGAGCUGGAGAAAAGUGUGAAGGGGUUCGGUUUCAGCAUCCGAGGGGGGCGGGAGUACAAGAUGGACCUGUUUGUCCUACGGCUGGCGGAGGACGGACCAGCAAUCCGCAACGGGAGGAUGAGGGUCGGGGACCAAAUCAUCGAGAUCAACGGAGAGAGCACCCGGGACAUGACCCACGCCAGGGCCAUCGAGCUCAUCAAGUCCGGGGGCAGACGGGUCCGUCUCCUCCUGAAGAGGGGGACGGGGCAGGUCCCAGAGUAUGGUUGUUACUUCCCCUUCUAUAGGAAUGGUAUCUUCCAGUCUCUCCAUGUGCAUGAAAAGUGACAAGCAUGGCUCCCCCUAUUUCUUCCUAAUGGGCCACUCUAAAGACACGACAAUGCCGCCCCAUGGGAUGGUCGCCCUUCAGCCUCCCCAAGCCUGUCGGAAGUAGGCCCUCCCAUUGACAGCCUCUCCAUGCCAACACCUUCAUCUCAUUUGGCU